CGUUAACCCCGCCCACCACCGUUGUCCUUCUUUUGGGCGUUCUGGCCCAGGUGACUUUGAGCGCCCCGGCGCCACCGUAGCUCCCAGCUUCCGAGCCGCUGUGCUGGUGGCGAAUAGGCGGCCAUGGGGAGUCUCCGCGGCCUGCGCCUGGUGGCGGGAAGUUAUUUUAGGUUAUGUGAAAGAGAUGCCUCUUCAUCUCUAAGAUUGACCAGGAACCCUGAUUUGAACAGAAUAAAUGGAUUUUGCUCCAAACCACAGGAAAGUCCAAAAACUGCCUCUGACACUUAUACCCACCGAGUGCCACUGCACAAGCCCACGGAUUGGGAGAAGAAGAUACUAAUAUGGUCAGGUCGCUUCAAGAAGGAAGAUGAAAUUCCAGAAACCAUCUCGUUUGAGAUGCUCGAUGCUGCAAAGAACAAGAUGCGGGUGAAGAUCAGCUAUUUAAUGAUUGCUCUGACAGUGGCAGGAUGCAUCUUUAUGGUUAUUGAGGGUAAGAAGGCUGUCAGAAGACACGAGUCUUUAACAAGCUUGAAUUUAGAAAAGAAAGCUCGUCUGAGAGAGGAAACAGCUGUGAAAGCCAAAACAGAGUAGAAGUAUCCACGUUGGCUGGAGUUUGAAAGUCCAGGGUAAUAAUGCUGCAGUACCAAGCCUGUAAUUUACAGAAUGUGGUAAAACAGCCCAUUUCAUAAAAGUAUUUUUUGCACAAACUCAUUUCUGCUCUGUAGGUAAAAAUAAACUUUCUUAAAAAAAAAUCACUUGUCUCUAUCUUAUAGCUUUGAUUCAAGUAAAAUGUAUCCAUACUCUCAGCUUUGUUGAAAAAGGAAAAGAAUGAAGUGAGAUAAUGUAUUUAAA